UUAACUAGUGUAUACAUGAUAUUUGCAAUUCUCGUAGCGGUAAAUGGACGCUGGUCACCCUGGAGUAGUUGGUCAUCCUGUUCUGUUACGUGUGGUGUUGGAAUGAAGGAAAGAACAAGAAGAUGUAAUAAUCCUGUCCCGUCAAGUUUUGGACAAGCAUGCAUUGGCGAUUCAGAGGAUAAAGAAAUAUGCAACUUAAACAACUGCCCAUUGUCAGUGCGUCUUGUAAAUGGCCCACAUGCGUUUGAAGGGAGGUUGGAAGUGUACCAUGAUGGGCAGUGGGGGACAGUAUGCGAUGAUAAUUUCGGCAAUUAUGCUGCGAAGGUUGUUUGCACAAUGCUUAAUUUUCCAGGAGACGCAAAUCUAGCACAGAAAUACUCAAGUGCACCAUACGGCAAAGGAACAUUGCCGAUCUUACUGGAUGAUGUUUCUUGUACUGGUUCAGAGUUAAGCAUAUUUGAUUGCUCGCACAGGGCAUGGGGAUCAAACGAUUGUGGUCAUGGCGAAGAUGUUGGUGUGGUAUGUCAUACAUCUCCUGUGCGCCUUGUAGAUGGACCACACAUGUAUGAGGGAAGACUAGAGGCUUAUAACAACGGAGAGUGGGGAACUGUUUGUGAUGACUCUUUCAAUGACAAUGCAGCAAGAGUUGUCUGUAGGAUGCUUAAUUUUCCGGGGCUUGAGGCUCAUGCAUUUUCAAGCGCACCGUAUGGUCAAGGAUCUGUGCCCAUUCGUUUGGAUGAUGUAUCGUGCGAUGGAUCGGAGUCGAGUAUCUUUGACUGCUCACAUAGCACCUGGGGAUCAAAUAACUGUGGUCAUAGUGAGGAUGUUGGAGUGUCUUGUGUUUCAGGGCUGCUUGUUCGACUGGCUGGAGGAGGUUCAUACAGCGGUCGUGUGGAGGUAUCCUUGGACGGUUCUAACUGGGGUACUGUGUGUAACGAUGACAUUAACAACAAUGGCGCUAAAGUUGUUUGUAGGAUGCUGGGACUUCCAUUAACAAACCCGACUGUAUAUACGGCUGGUGGUGGCAGCGGAAACAUCUAUCUCGACAAUGUUAUUUGUAUUGGUUCAGAGAGCAACCUACUGUCCUGUGAUCACAAUCAUUGGCUUGACCAGAACUGUGACCAUGACGAAGAUAUAGGAGUCAGAUGUCCUUCCUAACUGAUCUGUUUUCAGUUUAUGGAUACCUAUCUGUGCUAUACUGUCUCUAGUGACUGUUGGUUCAAAAUAAAGUUAAGGAUAUAUGAAAUUAAGCUGUUAUGUAUUUCAAUACUUUUCAGAAAUAAGUUUGUUAAAAACAAGUCCUUGAUUCAUGUACAGUCAAAUUAUUAUAAUGCAAAACUAUACAUUUUACAAAAGAGCAGUUUGAUGAUUUUGAGACCUUACAGGAAAAACAAUUAUUUAAUUGCCAAGCUUCUAUGCUUUGAUUUAACUAAAUGUUAAUCAUGAGAAUAUAAUACAAUGUAACAGUUUUGUUACCAUUUCUUACAUAAGACACAGCAAAAUUAAAGCUUUUUUGGCGAGUUGUUUAACUUCAUGAAAGAGUUAUAAUCAUAUAGUUUAACACAUUGCCAAUGGUAUAGAUUGUAGUAUUUCCUAUAAAGAAAUAGGAAUGUUUUUCUAACUUUUCAUUACCUUAUUAUACGCAGAUGGUGACACUGUUUUGGUUAGUAGUAGUGGUACUGACUUGAAAGCUAUUUAAGGAAUAUUGUGACACAUGGAGGUUAAUGGUUAAUAUUAAUAAAACUUAAGUAUUUAUAUUUGGGUCUAAAUGUAAAAACUUCAAAGAUAUUUUCACUUUUAAAGGAACUGGACAAGACACAAGUCUGCCAACAUUAGGGGUUAGCCCUUCCCAUUUGUCACACUAAAUUUUCAAAUGAGCAUCAUUUUCUUUGUAUGUCAUAGUAUUGUAAAUGAUUUAGAGAAAUUGAAUAAUUACAAAGUGUAAAUUGUUUCAAAAACGAAACAGAAACACAAAAAGGGAAAAGAAAAAUCCUAUGUUAAGAAAAAUAUGCAAUCCAUGAAUAAAGUAAAACCUUUCACCAGCCACAGUAUCAUCUACCACCUGCAAUAUGGAUUUCGUGAAAAAAGGUCAUGUAUCGCUCAACUAGUACUGUUAGUAAAUGACCUUGUUACUUCAGUCUACGAUAAGAAAAAGUAGUUCUCAUCUUACUAGAUUUCAGUAAAGCCUCCGAUAAGGUCAGCCAUGAGAAAAUCCUACUGAAAUUUUGCACAAUUAUGUGUGUGUGUGUGUGUGUGUGCUCGGGUUUAACGUCUUUUUCAACAGUUUUUCAGUUAUAUAAAAGACGGUGUCUACCAGUGAGCACAAUGCCCAACUUUAUAGUGCUGCCUCACUGCACUGGAAUAUCAAGCCGUAGACACGUGGCAUUAUAUCCUACCCAGUCACAUUAUACUGACACCGGGCUGACCAGCGCUAGCACUAUCCUCUUAAUGCUGAGCGCCAAGCGGGGAAGCUAAUAGUACCAUUUUUGUCUUUGGCCGGGGAUCGAACCCACGACCUCCCGCACCUCUUUGACCAGAUAGUGGGUGUCCAGAGACGGACAGCCCGUUGGAUUAAGGAUAACUACCGCCAAACCUCCAGUGUUACAGAUAUGUUACAAUCCGUUAACUAGACUUUACAUUCAGUCUAUGAAUAUUCUUUGUGGUAUGACGCGCCAAAUGUCUACGUCCCCGUGAGGGGUUUUGACAUUAACUGAAGAUAGAUAGAUUUCUGCUUUACAUAAAUGACCUAUCUGCGUCUGUUUCUUCCAGCGUACGUCCGUUUGUGAUUUGAUUUGAUUUGAUUUUGAUUUAAACAUAUUUUAUUCCUUCCUUUUUGUGACAACAUAUACAAUGUACAUAUACAGAAAAUAUACAAAACAUUCUAAGAAAGGUAAAAGGGUUGGACCACAAGUUCAUAUAACAUUAGUAGUUCGGUCCGUCCCCGAAGGUAUAUUUUGUAGAUGACUGUGUAGUUUAUAGGACUCUAAAUUUGCAGUUAAGGGAAUAAAAGUUUAAGAAGGUGAUAAGUUUUUGCACCUUUUUUAUCACAACUGUUAGGAAGCGCUAGGUGGACUGAGUAGCCUAGGAAACCUGUCAGCCUUUUAAUUUCUCUACGUUCCCUCCUUAAACCAAUAAUAAAAACGUACUAUAUACUACGUGUUAGUCUGGUGGUUUUAGCCCCUGAAAAAAGUUUAUGAGGGCCGGAAUGUUAAUGCUUGGAGACAAAGACUUUAUUAAAGUUUAAACAUCCCUGGUUCAUCUGGGUGCUGUCUCCAAAAAAUAUAUGAACAUUAUAUGCAAAUUAUAGAGGUCAAAAGGUCAUGCAUUAAAACUGAUAUUUUCACAUAAUUUUCGGCACUGAUGCAAUGAUUCAUGAAUAAUUUCACAUUAUACAGGACUUUAUUUACAGUUACAGGUUUAAAUAAACCAUACACUUGUAUCCAAUUAAUAAAUUAUGACUCGCACUCGAAAACGCAUUGCAUGCUCAUAUAUAAAGGUUAAAGGUCAUAGGGUAUAUAUACAGAACAAAAUAGCUAAACGCAUUUGCUAAUUUUCCAAUAUCUUUGCAAAUUCUGUAAAUACAAUUUUGAAAUUUGGCAUAGUUUUAGGUCAGAGUGUGGUUAAUAACAUAAUAAAAUUUCAAAAAUAUUAAAUGACGCCAACAUAUAAUUUACAUUCAAUUUACGAACUCACCCCAUUUGUAAAAAAGUCACAAAAACACAUAAAAGCUGUGUUUUAGUAAACAAGUGAAUACCAUUUGUAAGAAUAAGAACUGUUCAUACUAACAUUUUUUAGCGAAUGGUUAAAUAUAAUGAAUGCUGUUUUUAGAAAAAAAAACAAGUUAACGAAGUUAUUUCAUUAUCUUCCCAAAAAACGUUUUCAUUUUUAGUAUGUACAUGCACAUUGUAAACAUUUUUGUUUACUUUUUGUGACCUGUCAAAAAUUGGUUGAAAUCGUAGAAUGAAUGAAUAUUAUAUCUGAAGACGUCUUUUGGUUUUGUUGAAAGUUCGGCAUUUUAUCAAUAACAUAUUGUUUUGAGUGUACACUACAUUUCAAGAAGUAUUUUAUGUUAUUUUUUGAAGAUAUUGGCAAACAAGAAUGGAGGCGCUUAGCUAUUUUGUUCAGUAUAUUAGUUAUAAAAUUAUACAAUUUUAGAAAAGCUUUUAUUUUACAAAUUAUAAACAUCCCAGUAAAUCUUUAUGUGAUAUUUGCAUACAUAUUUUCAUGAAAUACUGUUGAAGUUCACCUUCUGGCAGGACAUGUUGUAAAGUUUUAAAUGUUUCUUUUUGUUGCUUUUCGAAUAAAAACUAGAGCUAUUGCACUCGCCCCAGCGUCGGAGUCGGCGUUGCCGUUGGUUAAUGUUUUUGAUAAAGUCAAAUAUCUCUGUUACUAUCAAAGCUAUUGACUUGAAACUUAAAAUAUUUAUUUACUAUCACAGUCUACAUCAGAAGAAACAAUCUACAUAACUCCGAUUGAAUUUUGAUGGAGUUAUGCCUCUUUUUGACUAAGAAUUUUGGUUAAAGUUUUUGAUAAAGUCAAACAUCUCUGUUACUUAUGACCAAAGAAAUUGACUUGAAACUUUAAGUAGUUCUUUACUAUCAAAGUCUACACCAGGAGAAACAAACCCUCUAACUCUGAUUUGAAUUUUUACAGAGUUAUGCCCCUUGUUAGCUUAGAUUGUCUGGAUAAAGUGUUAUCAAGUUUUUACUGGCAAAGCUCUAAUUCAGAGUCAAGCAGUGAGAAAAGUCGAGCGCGCUGUCUUACGGACGUAUCUGACUUGUUUUAAUUCGGGGUGAGACUACUUAACCAAAUAUUUAUCUAACUAAUGCAAUCAGUUUGAUCAUACAGAUGCUUCUCAGUUUAAAUGUCACAAAAAUAUAUGUCAUAGGUCGCAGUAAGUGCUAUGAAAUAUAAAUAAACAUGAUCAUAUUGCCUACUGAAAAGAUACAUAACCUUGCAUAUAAAAGGGUAUUACAUUUUGUAUUACAACACUGCUUACUUUUAUUGAUAAACUAUUCAGUCACGUUAAUAUUUGGAAUAAUUGAAAAAAAAUACCAAUAAAUUAUUCUUUUCUCUUUUCUAUGAUUAAAAAUCGUCAUGUAUCUGAAAUAAGGCUUUAACACAAAUAAACGCACACUCUUUAGAAAGAUUCGGGAUAUAGGCUUGUUUAGUUAUGUAAGCUAUAUAAACUUGAAUACCUUUACCCCGUAGAAUAGAAACGAUUUCAAUGUACAGUUUGUUGUCUAACCUUCUAUUGCAUUUAACGGAACAUAUUUCUUAAAGUGGCACGUACAAAAAGCUUUGUCAAGAGCUUUGUUGGCUUAAUAUAACAAAAAGGGUAUAAACUGGUAUAGACAGUUUCCUGCACAUUGUAUCUCCUCUCAUUAUGUGCAAAUCAAAUGUUAACUUGAUACCUUGAGUAAUUUUUCACUUAUGACAAGCAUAAUUUAAUAUGAUAAAAGAAUGUGGUUUGUUGGUGUACAGUUCCUUAAAUUGUUCCUUUAAGAAUCAAUCCCUUGAACCAUUUCUUGGAAAAUCUUUAAAAAGAUAUUAAAAGAGGGUAAUUUAAAAGUGUCAGUUAUAAGAGUUAUGUUUUCUUUUCCAGUAAAUGUAUCUAUCCCAGUAUGCAGUUUAUAUAAACUUCUUUUCCCAUUUGUAAUGUUCUGGACAAAUAAAUUUGAUAAAGGUAGAUAAUUUGAAAAAGUAAGCACGAUGGCAUCAUUUCCUCUCAACGUACCUUGUCAUAAUGUGAAAAAAUUGCACAAAAUCCCUUAGAUAAUUUUGGAGUUGUCCUAACACAAAAAUUAAUUAAAGGAAGGUUAUUAUGAAGAAAGCAAUGUUAAGUUAUGGUUCUUGUACACAAGAACGUCUCUUAAUGUCCUCAAAUUUUGUAUGCAGAUUGAAUAAAGUCUCUUCAUCACUUUUAGAGUUAUAGCCUAGACAACUCAAUUAGAUAAAAUAAAAUAAGUCGAAAAGGUUCUUGUACACAGCAAUUUGUCUUAAUGUCACCUAUUUUUGUCUUUGUAUGCGGUUCCCUUCGCACGUUUACACCAAAUGCCAAUAAGAAUGAUCAAAGUAGAUGAUUAGUAAAAUCAAACAAUAUAUUGUUAGCUAUGCCAUCCGUCUAGGGGCAUUUUUUACAAACCGCAUGCUAAUACAGCAUUUUCUUUUCAAAGUAGCAGGCGGGAGGCAUAUGUAUAUAAAUGAUCAUUAUAUGUAUUAUAUAAUUCAUGAAGAAGUGUGUACUGUAUGGCCAUGUGUAUAUAAAUUAUAACUAUGUAUAUGACAUAAUUCAUGAAGAGGUAUAUUGUCUGGAAAUCUAUAAUUGCCGAAUGCUUCCAAAUGUUGAUAUCUGCAUUUUAGAGAACGAAUGAGAUUUUAUUUUUAUAUUGGUAAGAAAUAAGAAAUAAAAAUGUUAUUAAAUAAUAUUAUAAUAAUAUCAUAUUCAAGGAUAGUAAUUAAUAAACAAAUGAAAUGCAAGAUAUUUAUAUGGUACUAAUGAAUAAAACAACAGUGAAAGUUAAUACCAGUAUUGGUCAAUGCAGAUCUACAUUGCAUAUUAACGUAUUGUAUUGCAAUCAUAACAACGCUGUAUUACCUAUAUAUACAAUAAAGUUGUGACUUG